AUUUUUUUUUUUUUUUAACUUCUUAGGACAAAGUUGAUGACAGGGCAAUGGUCAUGGCAGAUUCCAUUUCACAGAAUAUUCCUUCGUUCAUAGUGAUCCCAUUUUGACACAGAAGUUGGUAUUUGUGGACAUGGUAAGUGAGACAAAAUUUUCUGGUGAACCAAGUACCUGCAUUCUUCACAACUUUGGAAAGGAGGUAUUAUUUUCCACAUUUUGCGGUCACUGAGGAGCCAAUGUCAGGAAGGACACAUAAUUUGUAGUCUCUCAGGCUGUAUAACAACGACAGAAAUGUCUCUCUGAUUUCAAAACCCUCUGUCACCUGAAGUGGCCUAUAAAACCCCAAAAGAAAUCCAGCUGCGGCUUUGCUGCUGACUCCUCUCACUCACUUCAGUCAUCCUCAAGAGGCCAACUGGCGGUGACUUCCUGAUUUAUCCUCCAGGGGACGAUGGGAUUGGGGCUCGCCCAGUAAGUAAGCUGCUCGGUGGAGGCCUGGGCAGAACGUCCCCUGGGCCUCAGUCACCCCUGCGGGGUUCUCCGCGCUCUCAGGAGCAGACGUCCCGCGCAGGGCACCGCCCUGCCUGACCCAGGCGGGGACACAGUGGUAGAGUGGGACGGCGAGGCUCCGCGCCUCUGUCAGCGGCCUAGCUGAAGGCCCGCCGCCAUGUCCCGGGUACUGGUUGUGGGCGCCGGGCUAACCGGAAGUCUGUGUGCCGCGCUGCUGAGGAAGGAAACAACCGCCCCCCUGUACCUCGGCCUGUGAGACAAGGGUGGGGACACAGGUUUAAAAUGCUCUGGCUGCUGAGAACAAUGUGCCUUAUUCAUGUACUUGGUAAAAUAUUUUGUUUAUUUGGACCAAAGAAGAAUCCUGAAGCUCACAUGAAUGUUAGCGAGAUUAUUAAACACUGGGAUUAUCCAAGCGAAGAAUAUGAGGUUGUGACUGAUGAUGGUUACAUUCUUCCAAUUAACCGAAUUCCUCAUGGGAAGAACAAUGCUAAUAGUUCAGCCCCAAAGAUGGUAGUAUUUUGUCAGCAUGGCUUGCUUGCAACACCUGGUGCAUGGGUUUCCAAUCCGCCUGUCAACAGCCUGGCCUUCAUCCUAGCAGAUGCUGGGUAUGAUGUGUGGAUGGGAAGCAGCAGAGGAAGUACCUGGGCAAAGAAACACGUGGCCCUCAACCCAGAUUCUAAAGAAUUCUGGGAUUUUAGUUUUGAUCAAAUGAUAAAAUAUGACCUUCCAGCUACCAUUAAUUUCAUUCUGGAUAAAACAGGACAAAAGCAGAUUUACUACAUUGGCCAUUCUCAAGGAACCCUUCUUGCUAUUGGGGCAUUUGCAACAAAUCAAACACUGGCAGAAAAGAUUAAACUCAACAUUUUAUUGGCUCCAAUUUAUAGUGUUCAACAUUCCAAAGGUAUUUCGCACCUUGCGUCUUACCUCACUCCAACGACUAUCAAGCUCCUCUUUGGUGAAAAAGAAUUUUUUCCUACCGUAGUUUUCAGUGAGGUGGGUGCAUGUGUUUGCAAUAUUAACUUCUUCACUGCUAUAUGUGCUGCUAUCAUGGGAUCGAUGGGUGGAUAUUCUCCAGACCAGUUAAAUAAGAGCCGCCUUGAUGUGUAUGUAAAGCUCAAUCUAGCAGGAACAUCAGUAAAAGUUCUUAUACAUUAUAAUCAGGUAGGAAGAAGUGGUAUACUUCAGGCUUAUGAUUGGGGAAGUCCAUCUCUGAAUAUGCAACACUACAAUCAGACUACUCCUCCUGUAUACAAUGUGGAAGACAUGAAGGUUCCAACUGCCAUGUUUACUGGUUUAAAAGAUUUUUUGUCUGACCCAGAAGAUGUUGAAAUUUUGAAACCCAAAAUCCACAACCUCACAUACCUUAAGACUAUUCCUGAUUUUAGCCAUUUUGAUUUUAUACUGGGAUUAAAUGCUAGGAAAGAAGUUUCUGAGGAAAUUUUAACAAUUCUUAGGAAAUAUGAAGGUGAUGUUCAGCUUUAGCUUUUUGCAUGAUUUUAAACCUUUUUGAAAGUCUCUUGUUCUUAUAAGUGCAAAUAUUUUCUUGCUUGGCAUUUUAUCUCCUUAAUUAUCUUUGAUUUUUAAGCAGCUGUUUCAUUUGUUGAAUCAUUUGUUUUAGUGAAAACUAUGACCAUCAAGGGAAUGUGUCAUCUUGUGAUUGCUUUUUAAGUAAUCUAAGUGUAUUUUUUAAAAAAUUGCUCCCUAAGAAAAGACCUCCAUUUAAUUUACAGUGAUGAAAUCCUAAAAUACUAAUAAAGGAAGAGGCCUGGCCCAUACUGUGCUAUCACACAUGAUGCUAUCUGAAGAAAAGAUCAUAAAAGCUUCAUAAAUUCGAACCCAGGCUCAAGAAGGACAGUCAAUCUUGUUGCUCAGAUUCCACAAGUAUUAGUCACUAGUCUCAUUGCAAACCUCCCCUGUCACACCACCUGUGUGAACCAAGCACUGUUUGAGAAAGUCACUUAUGUCAGUGUUCUCUGAAUUGAGAGAACAAUAAUUAUGUAAAAUGAUCUGAGUUGUUGAAAAUAACCCACAAGAAUGAUCAUUCAUUGAAGCCCCUGAAUAGGGUAUUUUGAAUUCUCCUUGUAACAGAAAUUGAAUACAAAAUCAAACAUGCAAUUAUAAUUUUAUUAUUAAAGUUUAACCUAUUUAGGUGUUCAAAGCAUAAAGUAAUUAUUAUGUGCACAGUUUGGACAAUAUAAAGAAUAACUAUGGCCAGUCUCAAAUACAUUUUUCUUACAAUCUUUUACAUGAUAAUAAAGAAAUGUAGAUGUGUGAUUACGUGUGUGAACACAUACACAUGUGAUAAGUUCCUUUUAUUCCAAGUUUGUGUAGAACAUUCACUUGAUUAAAUCAAAGUCUAAUGACUUUGUAAAUUAAGUGACUUUAUAAUCAAAGUCCAGUGGCUUCUGUGAGUAGCCUUUACCCAUCUAUUGAUGUUCCCAUGAUUACUGUCUUUGUCCAUUUAUGGGAUGUUGUAUUACUUUAUUGGCUUGGAAUAUGACAAAUCUUCCCUGUACUAUUUCUGGAAUAAAGCCAACUUAUUAAUGUUAA